GUGUUUGGAGGAAUGCCACGUAACUUUCGCCAUAUUGGAAAUCGACCGGUGUUGUCACAAAUAAACACAUGUUACAUUUGGACUUAAUAGAGCAGAAAAUUAACCCAGACAAGUGCUUGGACGAAAGAAAAACAUGGAUCGCUUAUAUCUUGUGUGUUCCAUGAUUUUAGUUUUCAUUUCCGUGGUUUUCGGGACUGAAUUGACAUUUGAACUGCCAGACAGUGAAAAACAGUGUUUCUUUGAGAAAAUUGAGAAAGGCGUACAAUCCACGAUAGAAUUUCAGGUGAUAACAGGAGGUCAGUAUGAUGUGGAUAUGGAGCUGACCGCCCCUAACGGUCAGACACUGUACAAGGACGUGAAGAAACAGUACGACAGCUUCACCUGGACACCUGACCAGACUGGGAUCUACAAGUUCUGCUUCAGUAACGAGUUCUCUACGUUCUCACACAAAGUCGUCUACUUCGACUUCCAGGUUGGAGAAGAGAAGCCUCUGUUUGAUUCAGAGAAUAAGCAGGCUACAGCGAUGACUAUGAUGGAAACUGCCACAGAAGAUAUUCACAAAUCCCUAAAUGAUGUCAUAGAUUCUCAGACCCACUUCAAGCUCCGCGAAGCAACCGGAAGAAUAUUUGCGGAGGAGCUCCAUUCUCGCGUGAGUUACUGGUCUAUCGGCGAGACUUUGAUUAUUCUACUCAUUGGACUCGGGCAGGUGUUUAUUUUGAGGAGUUUCUUCACGGAGAAGAAAACGAGUGGUAUGCCUAUACACUCGUAAUCCUCAGGUUAUAUAGUCCUCAGAUGGUUCAACAUUUCUCCUCACUCAUAAAAAAUUUGAUUUUAUGAUAAUAUUAAAAAAAUGAAAUCUAAUUCUAUUUUUGAAACAAAGACAUUUUCAGAAUACCAUGCAGCUGUCUUCCAGUGCAAAACUUACUGGAUAUAUAUAUAUAUGGAAAUAUAAGCAAUUACUUUAAAUGAGAGAUUUGUCUUUUUUUGAGAAUGGUUGAACCUUUGGGCCUAUUUAUGUGCAAUUAUGAACUGUGUUCAUUAUUAGACAAAGAGAUGUAAAAGAAAAAUAGGGUAGGUAAGAAGUCAGAUUUCUCAUACAAAUAUAUCAUGUACGAAAAAUUGAGAAUGGAUUUUCAAAAAAAAAGUCUCGUGAUGAUCAAAGUUUCUACAGCCACUUUUAACAGAUAACAUUGUCUGACAGUCUCAAUUCAUUGAACAAAUUAAAGUUAUUAUACAUGAAUAACAUGGAAAUAUAAAUCAUCGUAUGGAUGAUUUCUGCUACUGACGACUAUUAGAAAAUUUGUAACAGAAUUGUUUCAAAAACGAUAUGAUACAAAUCAGUAAAUCAUCCACUAGUUUGUUAGCUAGUAAUGUAAUUAUGUGAACAACACUUUUUAUACCAAAACUGUCCUUUUUUCGAAAUUUCAGAAUUUUUAAGAAUAUGUUGAGAAAUGUUAAUAUUUUUGCUUCGUUUGCUUGCCAGGUUCCAAUGAGAUUUUACAAGUCUUGAUUUUAUAUGCUUCAUCUUUGCAUGUUUAAGAAUAAAGAACAUUGUGUUUAUCCAGCAUUGUGUUUUCCUAGUGAAAAAUUUUAUGACAAUACAUGCGAUUUUAGUAUUCAUUUUUGUUUCUUUUCUUUUUUUUUGUUCUUAGUAAAAGGAAAUAUUUUAUGAAUAGUUCUUUGUAAACCUUCUUUUUUGAGAGUUUAAAAACAAUUUAUAUAACAUGUUCCAAAUGUAGAUGGUUGAAUGGCUUAACUAUUUAUAUUGAUGAGAGCUUUAAUAUUGAAGCUUUCAUUUUUGCUUGUAUUUAAGAAAUGAGUAGGGUGUUUGGUUAUAUUAAUAUUUAUGAAAAUCAUGCAUAUAUAAUAAUUAUAAUCUUUCUUAAAAGUUCAGUAUGAGGUAUAGAAGUGUACUUUUUUUAGUCUUAUCAUUUUUCAAUUUUGACGUGUGCGAACACUUGAAGGGUUGUGAUUUGAAUUCAGUGCAUACAGUUUAUGUCCAUGUAUCAAAUGAUGCCUUCUGUCAUUUCAAAAAAAGGAUUGAUUUAUUUAAUUAACAGAAUAAGGUCAUAGGAUACUCAAACCCUAUAAGAAAUAUAAAUUUAAUAAAACUUUCUGUUUUGCUUAUUUACGCUUCACAUUAAUUUGUUUCACGGUAAAAAAAAAUGAUAAGUUUCAUUUCUUUUUUAAAAGGGCGAGAGUUACACUUGUUGAUGUUUUUUUAAAUUUAUAGACAUAAAUUUAAAGAAAAGGGUGGGAAACCAGUACGAUAAAUAAAAUACGUGAAAAAAAUUGAACGUGAAUAGGUUUGCAAAAAACCGUUUACAGGUAUUUUUGACAAACGGAUGCAAUUUCAGUUCAGUAUCCUAUGUCUUUAUUUAUAUAUGACAUGUAUUAUUAUAAGUGAAUGUCUGUAUGAACAAUAUGAAUUAUAUUUUAACGUAUAGAGACACUUCCUUAAGAAAGAGUGGGUUCUGUACGUAUGUUCUAGUGUGUUGAUGUUCUAAGAUCAAAUGAAACGUUGCAAUAAAACAGAAAAAAAAGUUUCUUUUUCAUCGUGGCAGAAUUAAAAUAUGAAAGAUGUG